UGAUUAGUCAUCUUUCCCACCUCAAUCAGGAAGAAAAGAUGUCAAUAAUAAAAGUGCACAUUCCAGCCAAAAUGACACAAAGGUGGUUAGCGAGUGAAGGUUUGCGGGAAGAGAGUGAGACCUCUCGCGGCUGUGCCACCUCUGUGCGUCCAUAUGGCAAAGUCUUUGUCUGCUAGCAUCUGGCCAGCUAGCAUCCUCUCCUCCUACAAGGUAGUUGGAUGAUGUGUGCUGAUGGACAUGGAGACUCCUGAGUACUUGGACCUGGACCAGAUUGACUUUUCUGACGACACUGUGUAUUGUGUCAGCUCUCUGAAGAACAUUCCACAACUAUCCAGGAGGAAUGAUGCUCAGGCUGAGGAGAGACCUGCUGCAUCCUCCAUCAGCUGGAGUCGUGGCGCGGCGUCUCACCCGGGGGGCGGGGGCAUCAAACCCACGGGCCUGGCUGAUGUUCACAGUAAAUUCCGUCCGGUGAAGAGGGUGUCGCCUCUCAAGCACCAGCCCGAGACACCCGAGUCGGACAGCGACGGGAAAGUCCAAGUCCAAGGUCAGGAGCCCGGAGCGGGGGAGGCGGCCAAAGACAAGCCGCCUCCCCCCACCUCCUCGGAAGGCAAGGUGAAGGUGGUGGAUGGCAGCGCAGUGUUUGGGGAGCUGGAGCACUACGACCUGGACAUGGAUGAGAUCCUGGACGUGCCCUACAUCAAGUCCAGCCAGCACCCGUCCACGCUGCCUCGCCCCCCCCCCGCACGCAGCAACCUGCAGGGGGGAACCCUGGAGAGGAACCACAGAGCCUCCUUGGCCACCACCUCGUUCUCUCCUCACCUGAGGAAGUCCAAGUCCAUGGAUCCUGACGCCCUGCAUCUCCACCGCUCACCUGGAGGAGCAGCCUUCCAGCAGGAGGCCCUCUGUAGCUCCUCCUCCUCCUCCUCCUUCUGUGAUGGAGACCAGCUGCUGUCUGCGAGGGUGUACCCAGAAGCCCCCAGCCAGAGGUCAGGCAUGGAGCCAGCGGGGGGGGCCGCGCUGACCUUCCCCCCGCUGGGGGGCAGCCUGGCCAAGCCUCGGAGCACGGCGCCGGGAGGAGGGGGGAGGGCAGCGGAGGUGGACGAGGAGAGCAAGAAGAAGCAGAACAUCAUCAACAUCGUCCGAGAGGGCCAGAUCUCUCUCCUGCCUCACCUGGCGGCUGACAACCUGGCGCAGAUCCGAGACCAGGACGGGAACAACCUGCUGCACGUGUCGGCCUCUCAAGGCCACGCCGAGUGUCUGCAGCACCUCACCUCUCUGAUGGGCGAGGACGGCCUCAACGAACGCAACGCACAGCAGCUCACGCCCGCCGGCCUCGGCGUCAAGAAUGGACACCUGGAGUGUGUGAGGUGGAUGGUGAGUGAGACGGAGGCCAUCGCCGAGCUGAGCUGCACCAGAGAACACCCCAGCCUCGUCCACUACGCCGCACGCUACGGACAGGAGAAGGUGCUGCUGUGGCUGCUUCAGUUCAUGCAGGAACAGGCCAUCUCUCUGGAUGAGGUGGACCACAACGGCAACACAGGUGUUCACGUGGCAGCACAGUAUGGACACCUGACGUGUAUACAGACCCUGGUGGAGUACGGCUCCAACGUGACAGUGAACAACCAGCAGGGGGAGCGUCCCUCUCAGGUGUCAGAGCGCCAAGGUCACAGCACGUGUGCACGGUACCUGGUGGUGGUGGAAACAUGCAUGUCACUCGCCUCACAGGUUGUCAAACUCACCAAGCAGCUCAGCGAGCACGCAGUGGAAAAGGUGACACUACAAAAACAACUACACAGACUGGACAACACCAAGUCACAUGGGACACCAGCCAGCGGGGGUCAGCAGCACCCGGUGGAGGCGUGGCCAGAGAUGACGCUGACGGCGGAGGGGACGCCCGCCGACGGCCUGUGGUUGGUCCGUCAGGGAGGGGCGGGGCCGGACACCGUGCCCCGUCAUAUGGCGCCUCCCACUGCGAGCAGGGACGGCCCCCGUGGGAGUGCCAUGGCGGAGAAGCGGGCCCGCCUCCAGCAGAUCAUGCAGCGCUCGCUCAGUGAGUCCGACUCAGACGCCUGUCUGCCGGAAGCCCCGCCCACUCACGCCUCGCGACCCGACAGGCCCACCCACCUGCCCAUCGCAGAUGAGCACCUGCAGCUGGUGACGACCACCCUUAGCCCCUCCCCCACCUCCAGCGACCCCGAGGCCACGGACACCCCGGGCGAGGCGGACGGCGGCCCCAAAGCGGCCACCAGCCCCAAAAGCGCCCUCAAGUCCCCGUCGUCCCGCAGGAAGACGGCGCACAACCUGAAGCUGCGGGUCACCUUUGACGAGCACGUGCAGCGCAGCCAGGAGGCGGAGCCUAGCAGAGGCAAGGACAGGACGCCCCCGGCAAGCUGGGACGCCAAGCGGCCCUUUGGGGCCUUCCGAUCCAUCAUGGAGAGUCUCAGUGGCAACACCAACUCUCCUGCCAGGAGGGCGGAGGGCGGGGCCUCCAAGGCCAAGACCAGGAGCAGCCAUGUUUGAUCAUGUGACCUCCAUGUUUGAUCACGUGACCUCCGUGUUUGAUCACGUGACCUCUACUUGAUCUCUAUUGACACAGCACAAGUAAGUCAUGUGACCUGACAGGAAGCAGGGGUGUCCAAAGUUGAUGACAUCAUAGAGGUGGAUGUCAACUCAUGAAUAAUAAUCAUGGACUUAUGUUUCACACUUUUAGGACUAGGAGCCUUUUGGGGCCCCCGGGGAGCUUUGUAGCAUUGACCUUUAACUUCACUUCCAAUGACCUUUAACUUCACUCCCGAUGACCUUUAACUUCACUUCCAAUGACCUUUACUUAUAAUGACAACACACAACACCCCAUAAUGACAACACACAACACCCCAUAAUGACAACACACAACACCCCAUAAUGACAACACACAACACCCCAUAAUGACAACACACAACACCCCAUAAUGACAACACCCCAUAAUGACAACACACAACACCCCAUAAUGACAACACGCAACACCCCAUAAUGACAACACACAACACCCCAUAAUGACAACACACAACACCCCAUAAUGACAACACGCAACACCCCAUAAUGACAACACACAACACCCCAUAAUGACAACACACAACACCCCAUAAUGACAACACACAACACCCCAUAAUGACAACACACAACACCCCAUAAUGACAACACCCCAUAAUGACAACACACAACACCCCAUAAUGACAACACACAACACCCCAUAAUGACAACACACAACACCCCAUAAUGACAACCUUAAAUCUUGCAAAUGUAUGAAAAAGAACAAGAGAAAUAUGAAUGCAGCAAUGCACAGAGACAUCCUGGGUGACUAUUUUGCUUUUGUUAUCAACUUCCUGUCCUGCGCUUGUCAGUAUGUGAAGUUAAAGUACCAAUGUGGUGAAAUGAUUCUCUGCAUUUGACCCAUCACCCUUGUUCACCCCCUGGGAGGUGAGGGGAGCAGUGGGCAGCAGCAGUGGCUGCGCCCAGGAAUCAUUUUUUGGUGAUUCAACCCCCAAUUCCAAACCUUGAUGCUGAGUGCCAAGCAGGGAGGUAAUGGCUCCCAUUUUUAUAGUCUUUGAACUCAGGACCUAGCUAUGUCAGGGCGGACACUCUAACCACUAGACCACUGCGCUGGUUUCCAGUCUGUGUUUUAAAGCACUUUUACAUUCUCUUCCAUGAACUACAGUAGUUCUACUUAGUUGCACCCGGGUUCUUCCAUGAACUACAGUAGUUCUACUUAGUUGCACCCGGGUUCUUCCAUGAACUACAGUAGUUCUACUUAGUUGCACCCGGGUUCUUUCAUGAACUACAGUAGUUCUACUUAGUUGCACCCGGGUUCUUCCAUGAACUACAGUAGUUCUACUUAGUUGCACCCGGGUUCUUCCAUGAACUACAGUAGUUCUACUUAGUUGCACCCGGGUUCUUCCAUGAACUACAGUAGUUGUACUUAGUUGCACCCGGGUUCUUCCAUGAACUACAGUAGUUCUACUUAGUUGCACCCGGGUUCUUCCAUGAACUACAGUAGUUCUACUUAGUUGCACCCGGGUUCUUCCAUGAACUACAGUAGUUCUACUUAGUUGCACCCGGGUUCUUCCAUGAACUACAGUAGUUCUACUUAGUUGCACCCGGGUUCUUCCAUGAACUACAGUAGUUCUACUUAGUUGCACCCGGGUUCUUCCAUGAACUACAGUAGUUGUACUUAGUUGCACCCGGGUUCUUCCAUGAACUACAGUAGUUGUACUUAGUUGCACCCGGGUUCUUCCAUGAACUACAGUAGUUGUACUUAGUUGCACCCGGGUUCUUUCAUGAACUACAGUAGUUCUACUUAGUUGCACCCGGGUUCUUCCAUGAACUACAGUAGUUGUACUUAGUUGCACCCGGGUUCUUCCAUGAACUACAGUAGUUCUACUUAGUUGCACCCGGGUUCUUCCUUCUGGGCUGGUAGCCAUUGUAUCUACUUCCACCUAAGGCAGGUGUGCCAAAGGUGCAUCAACAAAGUAUUGAAUCAUUUCUUUCUUCUUCUUAAUACAUUUGCACACAAACUAAGUCAUCAAUAACUUGCUCACGGGCAGUACGGGUAUUGUGUGUAGAAUUUUGAGGACAAAAUGGACUGCAAUAAGAUGUAAGGUAACACGUGGAGAAAGUGAAGUGUUGUACUGUACAUCACAAGUUCAUCUAUAAAUGUUAUAAAUAAAAUACAAAUAUUAAUAUAUGACUUAUUUUCAAUAUUUCGAUGACUGGAACCUUUAAUGGUCACCAACAUUGAGGGAGUCCUCAUGCUUUAC